AUACUCAGCAAUUAAUGUAUUUUAUGUAAAUAUUAAAUAAUGACACUACUCAGAAAAAUAAAAACAAAAUAAAAUUUACUACACAAAUCAUGAUUAAAACAACAAGCUUAGGGUCAAAUCGUCCCCUGUCUGGUCAACUAUACAAAUACACAAAUGUUGUAAAAGGGUGGCAGCAGAGGUGGUUUGCAGUGGAUCCAGAAACUGGGGUGUUGUCCUAUUAUUUGUUUGAUGGCCCUGGAGAUACUGUUCAGCCGGGCCAGCCGGCAAGAGGAGAGGCACACCUAGCCGCUGCUGUGAUCUGUCCUAGCGAUGAAGACUCCAAAACAUUCACAAUUAAUUGUGCAUCUGGAGACAUGUUAAAACUGAGAGCUACAGAUGCCCGAGCCAGACAAGAAUGGGUCAAUGGACUAAGAGCCAUAGCAGAGAUACAUACUAAGGCCAUGGGGGCAAACCCGCCCUUGCAACCUCGAGAGCAGCUUGCUGUCCACGAUGCCAUGGCAUCAGCUCGGCAACAAUUACAAGCUACUGAACUAAGUGAUGCAGCGUUGGCGAGAUGCAUCGAGUCAGCGGAUUCUCCCUUUCCUCAUACAGAUCCAGAUUUACUGCUUCUUAAGGCGACGUCGGCGGCCAGCAUGCAGUGCUUGUUGCAGUGCCUGGGCAUCUUACUCCGGCAGCAACAGUACGCGACUCUCAGCAUUUCCAAAAACUCCAACAGUGACCAUUAGCCCUAUUUAUAUGUAAUCUGACCACAAUGAAAGAUGAAAAAAGGAAACAAACAGAUAUGUAUAUAUAAAUAUAGCAAGGCAAUUUACGAUUUUGAUAACAAAUCAAAUCAAAAAAUUAUCAAUUAGUAUUAUGGACUUAUCUAGUAGCAUGUAUUAUGCUACUAGAUAGGUCAUAAGAAGGCCCCACUGAUAUAUUUUGUACUAACGUCAAUUAAACAGCAUUCUGUUCACAACGGCACACAAUUACUUAACUAAACUUAAAUUUCACUUUUUAAGUUUUGAUUAAAAUUAGCCGCCAUUUACGGCACAUAUUUUUCCGGAAUUCUAAUGAUCUUUGUAUCAAACAUUUCUGUAAAAUCACUAUUUCGGUAUUCGGUGUAAAGUAUAGAAUAAAAACUUUCAUUCCAUAUAAACUAAAUCAAAUCUAAGGAAAAUUCAAGUCAAAGUGUUUGCUCCUUUUUUCCUCUUUCAAUUGUAAGUAACUAUAAUAUAUUAUUUUAAUUGAAAUUCAUUUUUAUGUCAAUAUGUAAUUGCUAACCUACUAUAUAAUUUACAAAAAAAUAGCAACCCUAAAAUAAUCUUAUUUUAAUGAUUCCAAAUAAAUCCUGGCAAUAUUAAUCACUGCUUAUUAUUUUUUUAUUAAUUUGUAAAUAAAGGUUAUUUAAUUGACUUUAGGUAGUGUAAUCACCUUAUUUCAUUUUGUAAAUUUUAUGGCUUAAGACGUCAGAAUUUAUAUUACAAUUAUCGGAUUUGUGCUCGAAAAAAAUCUAUAUUUUUUUAUAUUAGCUAGGUUGAAAUUAAUUUCAUAUUUUUGUAUCUGUAUUUGCUUGUUAAUUUUAGUAAAAUUAAAAAAAAAAAUCUAAAUGUUUUUAUUAGAAUACGAUUAGUUUUAAAAUAUGUACAUCUGUGUUUGUACUUGUACGCUACUAUAUACUGUUCGCUAGUCUUUUGAAAAAGUCCGUCGUGACUAAAAUCGGUCGGGACAUACUCAUUAUUAAUUUCCAGAUGUAUAAAUAUUUAAAAAAAUAUAUUCCACUUCCUAUUUAAGGUCAUGCUUGUAAGUAAAAAUAAAAAUCAUCUAAAAAUUUU